AUGGAAAAAAAAUAUUGCAAGUGUGAACGCCAACUAGUGGAUGACAAACCAAGCAGCAACUGUCUUACAACAAGAGAAGGUAUAUUGAAUGGCAACACCAAUCGCAAAGCAAAGUUCAAGAUCCAAAAUAUUCAACUGAAGCUAGAGGUAGCAGUUACGAUACAAAAACCAGUUGCACACAAAGUUUCGAAGAUCCGUCAUACUAACCCUACGUCUAUUAAAGUGUCUAUUGAAAUCAAAGGAAGUAACCCACUGCUGUCUUCUAAAAUUGGAUCAAAUGAAAAAGAACAUAUCGAUUAUAGUCGCGCUUUCAGCAACGCAGCAUCUGCAAAUCACGUAAAAAAUCCAGAGAGACACAUAUUUACUGACAGUCGACCCUCAAUUGCUGAAUAUGAUCACACUUCUAAAAAGAAACCACUCAAGUUCAGUCAUCCUUCAGAAAACUUCCAGGAAACAUAUUUGUCGGGUGGAAAAACACUAGAAGAUACAGUUUGCAGUCCUUUAGAACAGGCAGCAUCCACAAGCAAUGACGUUGUAGGAAACCGCGAGGACGAAGAAGAAGGGAGAAAAGAAACAACUUGGCCAAACGAAAACACACCAGGAGAUGAAACUGAAAAUGACAGUUACUCGAAUGAUACAGUAUCUAUAGUAAUUCUUUCUCCUAUAAAAAAUCCAAAUGAAGUCAAUCAUUCACCAGAGGAAAAAAACUAUUUGUCAGACACGACUCCCGAAAGCCUACUGCUACAGGUCCCUGAAAGCAUAGAUCAGUCAGAUACAACAUCUUUUGACGAUUACAGUGAUCAUCCUCACAGGGGUGAAGGUACUCAAGAAAAUGGAAUCAUAGAAAAUCCUGUGACUAAAUCUGAGUGCCAAACAUCGAACCCAGAACUGAUUAUGGGUACUGACUCUCAAGACUCAAGCACAUAUCUAGGCUGUAAUAACUAUCCAGGCUCGAGCUCUAGUCUAAACCCGAGCACAUAUCCAGAUUUCAUCAACUAUCCAGACUCUAUCGCUUCUCCCUAUUCUAUCAGCUAUCCAGAUUCAAGCGUUCUUCCAGACUUGAGCGUAUAUCCAGAGUUGAGCACAUAUUCGGAUUCGAGCGUCAUAGUUACCACUGGAAGUGAAAAUAUAGGACCUUUAGAGAAGUAUGAUGAGGACAGAUCAUCUAAGGCAACGGAACCAACGUCAAGCACUGGAAGUAAUUUGGAUACACGUAACUCCAAAAAAACAGACUCACAAAAUCAGAAAGAAUCUGAGGGGCUGCUAGCAGCGGAUAUCGAAACGCCAGAUGAUCGUCAUGCAAAUGUUGUUCUGAAUAUGCCUUAUCACUUUGUAAGCCUUACACAGCAUGGAACUAGUAGCCAACCUGAAAAUAUAGGAGACGUCCACUCCUUGGCGCAUCUAGAACAUGGUAAUAACAAAGAAGAAGGAACUCAAAUUGCUGUCACUUUUGAGCCCGAACAGACAACUGAAAAUGUUGCUUCAAUCGAGGUAAUAUCAGAAAAAAGCACUCGUCCACAAUUUGGAAAUAAGGAAAACGAAGAGAACAAUUCCAAAACAACUGAACUCAAUGAACCAGCUUUAGAGGAAAGUGCCGUUCCUAGCACUAGUAACGAAGGUUAUAUUAAAGAUAUCCUAUCAAAGACAGCCGCACCAGACCAGCAGGCAUUGGGAUAUGAUAAUACUGACCAAAUUAGUAAUAACAAUGAGCAAGUCAAUGAUGUUAUUGAAAGCCAAAUUCCUAUUGCCGGCACUCAUGAUCCUGAAUGGUCAGUUGAAAAUGUACCGACCUUGGUCACAGUAUUAGAUAAAUCAGUGUCACUACAGCCGGAUGAAUUAAGAUAUAAUAGUGAUGAAGAAAUUAAUAUUAACAAAGAACAUGACAUUGAUGCUACUGGAAUUCAAACUUCCAACAGCUUUAUUCCUAAGGCUGAACAGUCAGGUGAAAUAGUACCAGAUAAGAGUACCACUCCAGCAUCUGAGCAUCGAAGUGAAAGUAUAGAAAACAAAAGCAGCAGUAUCCAAACAACCAAACUCAGUACACCAACAACAGAAGAAAAUACUGCCCCAAGUCUCGUAAACCUUACUACAGAUAAUCUAAUAACAGUAUCACCACACCAGAAUUAUACAAACGAAGAAAGUGAUGCUACCACAAAACAAGGCAUCGAUGGUGCUACUACUUUUGAACUUGAGUCAAUUGAAAGUACCUUCACACCAUCACCAGUAAAAGAAACAAACACCUCUCCUGAAACUACUUUCCUAAGUACAAGUCCAGAGAACCAAGACAGCAGUGUCACCGGGAUACGAGAUACUUCUGUGGGAUACACUUCUAGUGCUCCAACGUCUGAACCUAAUCCUGUAACGUAUCAAACUGAUAAAAGUACUGUACCUACUUUAGGAAAACCUUCCAACGGUGAAGAAAUCACUACAACUCGUGUAGGUAAAUACCAUACUAGUACUGUAGCAGGUGAAGAUGUAUUAGAUCAGGAUGAAAAUGUAUCCACAAUAAAGCCUCUGGUAACUGUGACAUCAAGAUAUCCUAAGAGUCCAAACUCAAACAUUUCCGAUUCUGAUAGUGAUAUGUAUGCUAUAGCCGAAUCAACAGAGGUUAGUGAACCUGCUAUAGGUAAGACCACUAUUCCAAAAACUACCCAAGAAAGUUUCAAUCAAGAUCAGACAGACUAUCCAGAUCAUAAAGAAUUGGGUUUUGGCAGUGCUGAAACUGUUGGUAUUACAAUACCUGCGCAUCAAAUAUUAUCAUCUGCAAUAAGCUCAGAAUACGAUACAAUGUCUACAGGAGUUGUAAAUCAGACAAAUGACACUGCGCAACUUGGUGUAAACGAAAAACUGGAGUCACCUCAUGCAGAUACACAUCUUCCCCUAUCUUCUUUGAACCACAAGUUUGGGGCUAUUGCUACUAAUAUACCAACUGCGGAACAAGUAUCAGGCAUGAACGGUAACGUACCAGUUUCACCUGGUUUGAGUGAGGAAACGACGGUUGCGGAAGACAUCCAUGUCUUAAACCAAUACGAAACUACUGAACUGAAAGAACGAGAGGGCAAUGUUGCUGAAAGUCAGACUACUAGCAAAGAAAGUGAGGUUUCCAAAGAACAAGACAUUGGUGGUACUAUUACUCGUGAACCUGACUCAUUUGAAAACUCCUUCACACUUUCACCAGUAACAGAAAAGAGCACAUUUGAAACUACUCACCACAUUUCAAGUCCCCUGCACGAAGACAGCAGUAUCACCGGGAUACCUGAUACUUCUAAGGGAUACACGUCAAGUGCUCCAACAUUUGAACCUAAUCAUGUAACCUAUCAAACUGAUAAAAGUGCUGUACCUACUGCAGGAAAACCUUCCGACGGUAAAGAAAGCACUACAACUCGGGUAGGUGCAUAUCAUACUAGUACCGUAGCAGGUGAAGAUUUGUUAGAUCAGGAUGAAAAUGUAUCCACAAAGAAGCCUCUGGUAGCUGAGAGUUCAGGAAAUGAUGAGAUCCCAAACUCAAACGCUGAAACCAAAUCAACAGAUGUUAGUGAAUCAGUUGUAGAAAAGACCACCCAAGAAAGUCUUAAUCAAGAUCAUCUUAAAAAGACGGACUAUCCAGAUCAUAAAGAAUUUGGUUCUGGCAGUAAUGACAUGGUUGGUAUUACAAUACCUAUGCAUCAAAUAGUUCUUCCAGCACAAGAAGUUCAGAGCAACUAUCCUUCAAGUGACACAGCUCCGACAAAAAAUGACAAUAUAGAAGACUCAAACAAGAUUGUUGAUCACGUUUUACCUAAGCCUGAAGACGAAACAACCACUAAAGCUAAUUUUGCUAUUGAAAGUGGCAUUCCAUACAUUAAUGCAAUUUCUACAGGAGUUGUAAAUCAGACAAGUAGUACUGUACAACUCGGUGUAAACGAAAAACUGGAGUCACCUCAUGUACAUAUUCCCCUACCUUCUUUGAACCACAGGUUUGGGACUGUAGCUACUAAUAUACCAACUGCGGAACAAGUAUCAGACAUGAACGGUACCGUAUCAAUAUCACCUGGUUUGAGUGAGGAAACGACGAUUGCAGAAGACAUCCUUUCUUUAAAUCAAUACGAAACUACUGAACUGAAAGAACGAGGGAGCAAUGUUACUGGAAGUCAAACUACUAACGAAGAAAGUGAUGUUAUUAAAGAACAAGACAUCGUUGGUACUAUUACUCCUGAACCUGACUUAUUCGAAAACUCCUUCACUGCUUCACCAGUAACAGAAAAGGACACCUCUCCUGAGACUGCUCACCACAGUACAACUCCAGAGAACGAAGACAGCGGUGUCACCGUGAUACCAGAUACUUCUCAGGGAUACACGUCAAGUGCUCCAACAUUUGAAACUAGUUCUAUAACCCCUAAUAUAACAACAGUGAUUGUUAGCAAUUAUACGAAAAACAUAUCUGAUAAUACAAUUAUAGCUAUAAAGAAGUCAGACCUUUCGAAGCUAGUCCAACAAAUAAGCAAAGAAGUCAAAAACAACAAUAUGGGGAAACCUCCCGCUGCUCCAACUACUGUUCAGGUGACAAAGAGUAAGGUUAUUGAGAUUCCAAUAAAUUUAGAUGCUAACAGAGUAGAACAAGAACAGUUUAAUGCUUCAGCAAAAGGUGAAAAACCGACGGAGACGGUGCGAAUAACAAAAAUCGUGACAACAGUAAAAGAGAUAAUGAAAACGCCUAAUAAUAAUGCUAGUAUUGUCAACGGAACUAAAAGCAUAAUUGCUUCUAUAACACCAACAUAUCCUGUUAACAAUUCAGAAGUCAUUAAACAAUACUUUAACGAUAGUAACUCACCUCUUAAGAAAGCUAUUAUUAAAACAGAGACUAUCACCACCAUAAAUCAAGUACCUACCGAUACACUAGGCAACAGCAGCACUCAUAGUAAAGAAUAUAUUGCUAGCAAAACUAGUUUUUCAAACCUACAGGAGUCUUCUGAGAACACCUAUGAUCCUGACGUGCCUCAUAGACACACAUCUGAAAAUAAAAAUUAUGAACCUGAAAAGAUUGGUUACAAAUAUAAACAGGCAGUUGCAAUUGAUAGAGAUAGAGAUAAUGGCAGUGCAAAACGACAGAAAAGGAAAGUGGCAAGAUCAAAUGAUGAUAGAAGGUACGACACACUCUCUUCAAAGUACAUAGCUGAGGAAGCUGAUCAUAUCCAACCUGGGAUAGGAAUCAUUCAAAACAAAGUGAACAGCAGUAGUACCGACAUUGCGAGCAUUGGUCUUACUAACGCGGACUUGGCAAGCAGAUCUAAGUCCAGAGGUGGAAAAUAUGCAUCUGAAACUGCACAUCCCUUAUAUAAACGUGUUAAUUCAUCCAAAAUUGAAAAGCCUUUGACAGGUGGAGAUCCCGACGAUACUACAAAAUUACAUCCAGAAAAACAGGCGUAUAUAAGUGAAGAUAGAAGAUAUACUUUGUCUUCAAAGUACAUAUCUGAAGAAGCUGAUCAUGUUCAACCAGCAAUAGGCAUCAUUCAAAAUAAAAUGAACAGAAAUAUUGCCAAUAUUAAUGAGACUGGUUUAACAGAGGCUGAUACGGCAAGUCAAGCUGACUCCAAUAAAACUUAUGAAUCAGAAACAGCGAAACAUAGGUAUAAACGCGCUACUCGGAUCCCAGGAAAAAUCAGUUUUAGUAAGAGAGACACAAAUGGUAACACAAAAUCAUUAGCUUCAAAGUAUUUAAAUGCAGAGCCUGACCACACACAACCUAGUGUAGGUAUGGCGCACAACCAAAGUGGAGCAAUUCUAAGUCCUAAAGUCAGUAAUGAAUUUGCUGUACACCAGCAACUAAACCAUACCUUUGAUAAAUUAGCAAAUAAUGUAGCACAAUACGAAACCAAAGUAAGCGCAUCAGAUGCCAUAAAGUCAGAAGAAUUUCCAAGAGAAGCUUAUCCAGCAAUCACUCGUGAUGAAUCUGAUAUCGGUAUCCAAAACAAGAUAUACAAUAACCCUGAACUUCCUCUUCCAUCGUUGCCAAUUCGGGUCAUCCAAAAUGAGAUUAGUAACGGAUUAAACGGAAACGAUGUUGACGCAAUGUUUGUGGAAAAGGGAGUAGGAAAAGAAAGCAUUGAGUUCGCAGCAAAGUAUGAAUCUCCAAUUGAUACAAUCAAUGAGUUAGAUAUUUACCAUCAUGAAAGAAGUGAGAAGUACCGCGAUCAGGAUGCUUCACGUAAAUUCAAAAACUCACAACGUCAAAUAAUAACAACAAAAGUCCUAGAUAGAGAGAUGGAGAUGGUCACAACUGUUUCUAAACCAAAUGUCGUAGGCGUGGUUGUCAAUGUAGAUACUGUGAAUAAUCCUGAAUUGCCUCCACCACCGUUACCUCUAAGAGACAUAAUGAGAGGCAUCAGAGAUGGUAGUUUUGAUCUUCUUGUUGGGAAGCUGGACAGUGUAGCUGAUGAAAUCGACAUUUAUCAACACCAGCAUGUAUCAACUACGUCUGAAGCAAGUACAUCUCCAAAAAGCUGA